CAUCUUCCUUCAAUUCCAUUCUCAUCCAUCAUCAUCAUCAAUAUAUAUUAAAUCUUUUGAUACAGUAUUAUAAGUUCAACAUAUAUAUAGAUAUAGCUAGUAUUAGUUACUAGCUGUUGCUUAUAUCCUUGCAUGACUAUGGCAAAAUCCAUGACAGAUGUUAGCAUUAAUCUUGCAAUUGUGUUUCUGAUUACUUCAGUAGUACUAACUUUUGAUACAAUUGUGGUCUUUUGUAGUGGAAACAACAGCUCUCAUCAUGUGGUUUGCGUGGAGAAUGAAAGACGAGCCCUUCUGAAAUUCAAGCAAGAUCUAAGUGAUCCUUCAAAUCGUCUCUUCUCUUGGGUUGCUGAUCAAUCAGGAGGGGACUGUUGCGAAUGGGUUGGAGUUGUCUGUAACAAUUUAACAGGCAAUGUCCAGGAGCUCCACCUUCAAAAUCCUUUUCUUGACGCUAUAUUCAGUUAUGUUGGAUUUGAUGCUUUUGCAUCUAUGCUGGGAGGUAAGCUAAACCCAUCCUUACAGGAUUUGAAGCAUCUGACUUACUUGGAUCUUAGCGGCAACAAUUUUAAUGGGAUUCAGAUUCCAAGCUUCAUUGGUUCCUUUGGGAGCUUAAGAUAUCUUAAUCUCUCCUAUGCUAGAUUUGGAGGUGUCAUCCCGAGUCAACUAGGAAACCUCUCUGGGUUGCACUUCCUUGAUCUUGAUGGAGUUUUUGAAGGAGUGAUUCCUCAUCAACUGGGGAACCUCUCCAAUUUGCACUAUCUCAGACUUGGAGGUUGGUAUGAUGGCAAUCUAUAUGCUCACACUCUUCAAUGGAUUUCUGGUAGUUCCUUGUUGCAGCACCUUCAUCUGGAGAGCGUGAACCUCAGCAAAGCACAUGAUUGGUUGCAGCAAAUCAACAUGCUCCCUUCUUUGGUAGAGUUACACUUGGUCUAUUGUGGGAUUCAUCACUUUCCUCCUUUACAUAUUCUUAAUUUUACUUCUCUUGCCGUCCUUGAUCUUUCUGAAAACCGUUUUGAAUCAAUUCCACCUUUUCGUCUGAGAAACAUCACCUCUCUUAGAUAUCUUGAUCUUUCCUACAAUCUCUUCAAUUCUACAACACCUGAUUGGCUAUCUAGUUUUAGCCCCCUUGAAUACCUUGAUUUGUCCUCCAAUCUUUUCAAUUCUACAAUACCUGAGUGGCUAUCUAAUUUCAGUCAUCUUGAAUAUCUUGAUCUGUCAAGGAAUUUCUUCACAGGGGGAUUGCCAAGAUCCUUUGAAAAUCUUUGCAACUUGAAAGUACUCAUACUUUACGAGAAUAACUUGAGCGGUGAUAUACUGGAGAUUUCAAACAUUUUGUCUAGUUGCAUUUUAGAUGAAAUAGAUACUCUAGAUUUAAGCUACAAUAAACUUCGGGGCCAUUUUCCUGAACUUGGAAGAUCUAAAAAAUUGGUCUCUCUUGAUCUAUCUCAUAAUUCUCUUUCUGGUGAACUUCCAGUGUCCUUGGGAAGAUUACAUUCUCUGAAGAAUGUAUAUCUUUAUAACACUAACUUGAGUGGACCUCUCCCUGAAAGUUUUGGCCAACUUGCAAAUCUAGAGAGUUUUUAUGUGUCACAAAAUUCAUUACAAGGUGUCAUCUCUGAAGUCCACUUCGCCAACCUCACACGAUUGACGUAUCUAGAUGUAUCUGGGAAUCAAUUGUUCUUGAGUGUCAGUCCAAAUUGGGUUCCUCCAUUCCAACUUGGGGAAUUCUCAUUCAGGUCAUGUCGGUUAGGUCCACAAUUUCCCCAUUGGCUUCACUCACAGAAAAAUUUAGUGAUUCUAGACAUAUCACAUACAGGAAUUUCGGAUACCAUUCCUAGGUGGUUUUGGAACUUAUCAUCUCAGAUUUUCUAUUUAAAUAUCUCUCACAAUCAUAUCCAUGGAGAGAUUGUAUAUGAGUUUUUAGUCACAUCUGUGCCAUUCAGUGCAAUUGACUUAAGUUCCAACCACUUUAAUGGUACAUUGCCUCGUUUGUGGUCAAAUAUAUCGACACUGGAUCUUUCGAACAAUUCAUUUUCUGGAUCUAUUUCUCAAUUUCUGUGCUACAAGAUGGAUGAAUCUAAGAACAUGCAACUUCUUAAUCUGGAAAGAAACCUUUUGUCAGGAGAAUUGCCAAACUGUUGGACAAGCUGGAAUAGCUUGAAGUUCAUAAAUUUAGCAAAUAACAAUCUAAGCGGCAAAAUCCCAAGCUCCAUGGGAUCUCUAGAUUUUCUCGAAUCGUUGCAUUUACGAAACAAUAGCCUAUAUGGGGAAUUACCUCUGUCACUGCAAAAUUGCACAAGGUUAGUGGCUAUUGAUUUUGGUGAAAAUGAAUUUUCAGGAAGUAUACCCACAUGGAUAGGAGAAAGGCUUUCAUAUCUCAAGAUUCUUAUCCUAAGAUCGAAUAAGUUUCAAAGCCAUAUUCCUAAGAAACUUUGUGCACUCAGUUCACUUCAAAUCUUGGACCUUGCACAUAAUAAUUUUUCAGGAAGUAUACCAGCAUGUUUCGGGAAUUUGAGCGCCAUGGCCAUACAACAAAACUCAAGUGAACAAAUCUCAUACUGGCCUAAUUCUACUACAUUCUUUUUUGAAGGUUUUUUAGAGAGUGCAUUACUGGUAAUAAAAGGACAAAUGACGGGAUAUAGCACUUUUCUUCAACUAGUUACGAUCAUGGAUUUUUCAGAUAACAAUUUAUCUGGAGAAAUUCCUGAGGAAUUGACGAGUCUCCGAGGGCUUCAUUCUUUAAAUUUGUCAUAUAAUCUUUUGACAGGAAGAAUUCCAAAGAAUAUUGGUGCUAUGGAACAACUAGAAGCCAUUGAUUUUUCCAUGAAUCAUCUUUUUGGUGAAAUCCCUCCAAGCAUGUCAAGUUUGACAUUUCUAAGUCACUUGAACUUGUCCUACAACAAAUUGAGUGGAAAAAUACCAUCAACCACUCAACUUCAAAGUUUUGAUGCAUUCAGUUAUGUUGGAAACAGUUUAUGUGGACCUCCUGUUAAUAACAACUGCGGUGUUAAUGAUACACCAUCUGCUAUUGAAAAUGGAGCGGACAAAACAGGCCAUAGAUUUGCAGUGGACUGGUUCUAUGUUAGUAUGGCACUAGGAUUUGUGGUGGGCUUUUGGGGUGUAGUUGGUCCAUUUCUGUUUAACAAGUCAUGGAGAUUUGUAUGUUUUCAGUUCAUGGACAAUAUCUGGUAUAGGUUUCACAGCGUUAUAUGUUCAUGUGGAUGAUACAACAACAUAAAUAAAAAUUGUGAUCUUUAUU